AAUAUCCUUUAGCCGAGUGAUGUCAUGCUUCCACCCAACGCGGAAGGUGAUGUGUGUGUGAUUCGUUACUCUCUUUAUCUCGUCUCGGUCAGGUGGGUAGAUUAGAUCGCUACAGCACCUCCUGCAGCGCUCUGCAUCUGCCAGUUCCUCGCGCUGUGAAUGGACACAUCGCUAUCUCUCUGCGCACUGUCUGCAACGGUGGCAAAACCGACCAAAACAAAACAGCAAUUCUAUUGGUGGAAAACGUCCAGCACCCAAACUCCCUUUACGGAUUAUCAUCAGAAAUCGGAACCAGAAGCAGAAGCCAAACGUUUCUAAAAGGAUGACGGAGGUAAUAAAGACCUGUGACCCUGUGAUUCAGGAUUUCAAUGUGGGAGCCACACCAGAGGAGCAAGGGCUUGGCUGUCAGGUCUUCCCAGAAUCCCACAAGAGGUAUCCGAAGUUGUCCAGAAGAUUGCCGUCAGUAGUAGUGGAGCCCUCAGAGACUGGAGAGGUUGAGAGUGGAGAGCUACGCUGGCCCCCUGAUGAAAACAAAACCACUGCAGACCAGCCCUGUCAGAGUGAACUCAACUCAGCCACGAGAGCAGAUUCUGCGGUAGAACCAUCUCAAGAUUCAGAAGACAGCACAGCAGUGCACAGUGACUCUGUCUAAAGCCCCUUGUGACCACGACUAGAUUGUCACUGUGAAUGUCUAUCCACAUACUGGAGCAACACAGCAAACUGACUGCUAGACUUGACAGGCCCUGUUUCUGGAUUAAGGGACCCCUAACACUUCUUGGGUCGACAGUGUUCAGUAAACUGUCUUAAAUAGCUCACGUGUACCACAGUGUGGUGGUAGGAACUGUACUUUGUAGUUCUGUUUAGUUCACUUGCUUAGCUAGCUUUCUCCAUCGUAUUCGAUGAGCUUUAUUACUGAUGAUUAUUCUUCACUCACAAUCUUUUUUCAUUAUUAUUUUAAACAGGUUUUAGUAUAAAAAAGUGAGAACUAAAUCCCUCAUUUGCUUGGCUCUGUACUUUAUUUCAUUCACUGCAAUGAAUUGAUUUCAGUAAUUAUAAACCUGCAAGCAUUGUGUCAUUUAGCAAAACAAGUAGAUUUGCUAUUAAAUUAUUAAAAUUGAGUUUGGAAUAUGAUUCUGUACCGUAAACAGUGUAAAGGAAACUGACAGAACAAAAAAAUAAUAAUAAU